AUGCCGGCGCUCACGGUCAUCAACGGCGGUCGCGUCCGCUCUGACAUGAACCUUGUGGCCGACGAGGACUCAGUUUACGAACAAGACAUACUCCGAAACGGUGGGAGCACUAAGCCAUGGCUGGCAUACAUCCAAUUCAAACUGCAACAUGGUACGAUUCAUGAACAAGCCUUCGUCUUUGAAAGAGCCUGCCUGCAGCUCCCGAGGUCCUAUAAGUUAUGGAAGAUGUAUCUCGAGUUCCGCGUCAAACACGUCAGUCGUUUGAAUGCCGCUAUUUUCGCUGCCGAAUAUCGCAAGGUUAACGCCCUUUUCGAACGCUCUUUGAUAUUACUCAACAAGAUGCCUCGUAUAUGGGAACUCUAUCUUAAGUUCCUCCUUCGACAACCCUUGGUGUCAAACACUCGACAUGCCUUCGACCGUGCAUUACGCGCGCUACCUGUCACUCAACAUUCGCGCAUCUGGAGACUUUACAGGCCUUUUGCCGACUCACUCUCAGGCAUCAGCGCAGUAAAGAUAUGGCGGCGGUACAUACAGAUCCAUCCUGAAGAUACUGAAGACUUCAUCGAACUAUUGAUUCAAGUUGGCCUGUACACUGAAGCCGUCAAGAAAUACAUCGACGUCCUGAACAACACUCGCUUUAUCAGCAAGCAUGGCAAAGGCCAUUUCGAACUUUGGAGUGAAAUGGUGGACCUAAUCGUUGAUCAUGCUACUGAGAUACUUACGGGUCAUGAAACCGGUAUUGAUGUUGAGCGAAUCAUUAGAAGCGGCAUCACACGAUACGCUGAUCAACGAGGCAAACUAUGGUGUGGUUUGGCCACGUAUUGGAUCAGACGCGGAAGCUUUGAGCGCACAAGGGACGUAUUUGAAGAAGGUAUCGUAACAGUCAUGACUGUUCGGGAUUUUACCUUAAUCUUCGACUCAUACACCGAAUUCGAAGAGUCGGUUAUCGGGGCGUUGAUGGAGGUUGCCUCCAAUCGAGCGGCGAAAGGCGUUGUGGAUGAAGACGCGGACUUUGAACUUGAUAUUCGGAUGUUGAGAUUUGAACAGCUCAUGGACCGCAGGCCGUUUCUACUAAACGACGUACUUCUACGCCAAAACCCGAAUAACGUCCUCGAGUGGGAGAAGCGAAUCGCACUUUGGGGUGAUAAUAAGCAGGAAGUUGUCCAGACAUACACCGCCGCUAUUGCUGCCAUACAACCGAAAAAGGCAGUCGGCCCGUUCCAUCAACUCUGGGCUGGCUAUGCCAAAUUCUAUGAGCGCGGCGGCGACAUGCGCAACGCCCGCAUCAUCGCAGAGAAGGCGGUCAAGGUGCCUUUCCGAUCUGUCGCGGAGCUUGCCGAUAUUUGGAUUGAAUGGGCUGAGAUGGAGCUGCGGAAUGACAAUUUUGAUGACGCAGUCCGCAUCAUGGCGAAAGCUGUUCAGGCGCCGAAACGGUCGACUGUCGAUUACUUUGACGAAACACUGUCGCCUCAACAGCGAGUACACAAGAGCUGGAAGCUGUGGAGCUUCUAUGUCGAUCUUGUUGAAAGCGUUGGCUCGUUGGACGACACAAAGAAGGUUUACGAAAGAAUCUUUGAGUUGCGCAUAGCAACUCCCCAAACUGUCGUUAAUUACGCAAACCUCUUGGAGGAGCACGAAUACUACGAAGAUUCGUUCAAGAUCUAUGAACGCGGACUGGACCUCUUCAGCUACCCGGUCGCUUUCGAGCUCUGGAAUAUGUAUCUUACCAAGGCUGUCGACCGUAAGAUUGGCAUUGAGCGUCUUCGUGACCUCUUCGAACAAGCCGUUGAGGAUUGUCCACCGAAGUUUGCCAAGACGAUAUACCUCAUGUACGGCAACUUGGAGGAGGAGCGGGGUCUCGCAAGACAUGCCAUGCGCAUAUACGAACGAGCUACACGGGCUGUUGCCGAUGAAGACCGCGCCGGAAUGUUCAACUUUUACAUUACCAAAUCGGCCUCCAAUUUCGGCUUGCCGUCAACUCGUCCUAUUUACGAAAGGGCCAUAUCAUCGUUGCCAGACACGGAAGCACGAGACAUGUGCAUGAAAUUUGCCGAUAUGGAAAAACGACUCGGAGAAAUUGAUCGAGCAAGGGCGAUUUAUGGUCACGCAUCGCAAUUUUGCGACCCUCGCACAAGCCCAGAAUUCUGGACCAAGUGGGAAUCGUUUGAAGUCCAGCAUGGCAACGAGGACACGUUUAAGGAGAUGCUUCGUAUCAAGAGGAGCGUGCAGGCUCAGUUCAACACAGACGUCAGCUUCAUUGCGUCACAGGCCCUAGCUCGCAGCCAACGAAGACCGGAGGACGCUACAGACGCAGAUGCGGCCGAUGCAAUGGCUGCGUUGGAACGCCAGGCGAGGGCGCCUGUGGGCUUUGUAGCUGCGACCGAUGGUCCUACGAUUUCUGGAACUCAUGACGAUGAUACAACAGCAGCCAACCCCGACGCCAUCGAUAUUGAUGAUGCGGACGAGUGA